GAUUGUUUCUUUUUCCAUGAUCCUCAAUUACAACUUACAAGGUCAUGCUUGAUGCAUGCAUCAACAACACAUAUAUAUGUAAAGCUGUAAUACAAGUUGUUGGAAUACUUUCAAAUUUAAAGUAAUAUCAUGGAUAUCUUGGUGGUCGUACCUGAAAAUUAUAUUCGAAAACUAAAACUAAUUAAUUUUUCUAACGAGAUGAAGUUGAGUUAUGAAUAUUGAAGUUUUGAUGCAUAAUUGUAAAUAUAACUUUUAAGAAAAAAAAAACUUUUAAGAAAAAAGUUUAAUAUUUUUGAUUGGUCUAAAAACGCCAAGAGAUCCCAAAACCAUAAAGCGGAAAAAGAAAGAAUAAAAAAAGACGACCAGUGUGUGUGUGUGGGGGCGGCUCGAACACAAUAAGGAAGGCGCGAAUUUCAAGGACCAGAAACCUCUGCCUUCGUUUGUUUUCGUGGUCCUUUUCAUUUUUCCAGCAUUGGUUUCUUCUUCUUCUUCGUGAGAGGGAAAAGAUCUCAUUUUCGUUUUGUUGCUCUUGCGUCGCAAUUUGAUUUGGUCCUCUUUGCGAAAAAGUCGUGCCUUUUUUUGUUGUUGUUUUCACUCUGAAUCACGUUCUGUUGAUCUACGUGAAUUCCCAGAUUUCAAACCCACACUCGUCUUCUUCGUCACCUGCUUAGAUCAGACGCGCUUCCCGUGAUUCCGAGCCGAGCUUUAAGGUCGGAAAUGGCGGCUAAUGUUUCUGCUGGAAACAUUCAUGAUUUCUAUCUCGCGGGGCAUGUCUUUAGGGGGCAACAUUCAUGGAGCUCUCGUUUUACUUUCAGGGCAAAUUCAUUCAAAGACCUCUCUUGGUCGAGUGGCGUAUCUAAGGCUUUAAAGGCUGAGAGGUGUGGUUGUUACUCUCGCGGUGUUUCCGCCAUCAGUGAGAGCUCGAAGCCUUGUACAAGUAUCAGGGCAGUUUCGGUAUCGUCUUCAACAAAGUAUUAUGAUUUCACUGUGAUUGGCAGUGGAGUGGCGGGUCUGCGUUAUGCUUUAGAGGUUGCAAAGCAAGGCACAGUGGCAGUGAUCACCAAAGACGAGCCUCACGAGAGUAACACAAACUAUGCUCAAGGUGGUGUUAGUGCUGUGUUAUGCCCUUUGGAUUCUGUAGAGAGUCAUAUGCACGACACAAUCGUCGCUGGUGCUCAUCUUUGCGAUGAAGAAACUGUAAGAGUUGUGUGUACAGAAGGCCCUGAAAGGAUUCGUGAGCUGAUUGCAAUGGGAGCAUCAUUUGAUCACGGCGAGGAUGGAAACUUGCAUUUGGCAAGAGAAGGUGGUCACUCGCACCGUAGGAUUGUUCACGCAGCUGAUAUGACAGGAAGAGAGAUUGAGAGAGCUUUACUUGAAGCCGUACUUAAUGAUCCAAACAUAUCUGUCUUCAAACACCAUUUUGCAAUCGAUCUGCUCACUUCUCAGGAUGGUUUGAACACAGCUUGUCAUGGUGUUGACACUUUGAAUAUCAAAACAAAUGAGGUAGUACGUUUUAUAUCGAAGGUGACAUUGCUUGCUUCAGGUGGAGCUGGACAUAUCUAUCCCUCAACUACAAAUCCUCUGGUGGCUACUGGAGAUGGCAUGGCUAUGGCUCAUCGAGCUCAAGCUGUGAUAUCAAAUAUGGAAUUUGUGCAGUUUCAUCCCACUGCUUUAGCCGACGAAGGUCUUCCCAUCAAACUACAAACCGCCAGAGAAAACGCGUUCCUCAUCACUGAGGCCGUGAGAGGCGACGGUGGCAUCCUCUACAAUCUAGGAAUGGAGCGGUUCAUGCCCGGUUACGAUGACCGAGCUGAGCUUGCUCCAAGAGACGUGGUUGCAAGAAGCAUUGAUGACCAGCUCAAGAAACGGAAUGAAAAGUAUGUGUUACUUGACAUAAGCCAUAAGCAGAGAGAAAAGAUUCUUGCCCAUUUCCCCAACAUAGCUUCCGAAUGCCUUAAACACGGUCUGGAUAUCACCCGUCAGCCUAUCCCGGUUGUGCCUGCAGCUCAUUACAUGUGUGGAGGAGUUCGUGCUGGUUUACAAGGCGAGACCAAUGUCCUUGGAUUGUUUGUAGCAGGUGAAGUAGCGUGUACCGGUCUUCACGGAGCGAACCGGCUUGCUAGCAACUCGCUUUUAGAAGCUCUGGUUUUCGCGAGACGUGCUGUUCAUCCUUCGACUGAGCUCAUGAAACGCACAAGACUUGAUCUAAGCGCGUCAGAGAAAUGGACAAGGCCUGUUGUUGCAACCGCGAGAUCGCUGGGAGACGAAGUAAUAUCGAAGAUUCUAGCUUUGACCAAAGAAGUGAGAAGAGAGCUACAGGCUGUGAUGUGGAAGUAUGUUGGUAUCGUCAGAUCGACCACUCGACUCAAUACCGCCGAGAAGAAAAUCGCAGAGCUAGAAGCGAAAUGGGAAACGUUUUUGUUCGAACAUGGAUGGGAACAGACAGUGGUAGCUCUUGAAGCUUGUGAGAUGAGGAAUUUGUUCUGUUGCGCUAAGCUCGUUGUGAGCAGCGCCUUAGCCAGACAUGAAAGCCGCGGUCUUCAUUACACGACGGACUUUCCUUUUGUGGAAGAAAGCAAGCGGACUCCGACAAUUAUUCUCCCGUCUUCUCCUACAACGGCUAGCUGGAGCUCAAGGCAGUUGCAGGAUUUGAGCAGCAGCUCACUUGUUGAUUGUUAAAACUGCAGGAGUUUUGUUCUUAUUUAAAGCCCAAAUCCUUUCUGAUUGUUGUAUUCAUUUGAAAAAAUUUGGAACUCAAAAGAUAUCUUUGAUUAUGACACUGUUAUACAAAUGAAAAUAAUUUAUCUUUCAAGCCUUUUGCUAUGGUUUACUGAUACAGUAUGGGCAAAAGGAAACAACUGUGUAGUGUAUGUGGAUGUCCCCAAGCAAGGAGCAAGACUGGGAACAGUCUUGUGUUUACUGUCUCCAUAUCCUCAGUUUCUUUCUUCUGAGUAAACCAUUCCAAAAGCUCCAAGCCUCGGAUAUGGCUUUCCAUCAUUAAUAGACCAAACACGAGUUCAUUCGUCCUGUUUGGCCUGAAAAAGUUGCACAAAGGCAAAUCCAUCAAGAAACAGAGAUUCUUCUUCAAUGCCACUUUACUACUUCCAUCCAGAAUAGUCUUGCCUACUCUGCAGCCGCCAUUCCCGUUUUGCGGCACUAACCCAAUUCUGGAAUCACGAUUGCUUAUGUGUCCUGUUUGGAGCCAAAUCUGCUACUGUAGUAUAUAUCUGCGGUUCACGAAUUUGAAGAACGAGCAUUCUUUUUCUUGUAACACUCCUUCAAGAAUCUUUCAGCAUCAACCUUCAUUCCAGGUUUAGAAAAAGCUGCACUUAUCCAGUAAAUAGUUUGAUUACACGGAAUAUAUCCCUUAUCUUCAACCAUCUCUUUUAACAACCCUUUUGCCUCUGCCAAGUACAUUGCUUUUCUAUUCCACUCAACUUCUGGAUCAGUGCAAAGUUUACACAAACCAGAUAUCAUAGUACAAUAAGUCGACGUGUUGGGGCUCACUCUUCUCUUACCCAUCUCCUUCAUGAGCUCUCUCGCUUGAAGCAUCUUCCCAACUUUAGCAAAAACACUGAUAAGCACAUUGUACGUGCCCGUUUUUGGUACCAACCCAUCCGCGAUCAUCUCACAAUAUAUCUUCAUACAUUCUUUCUUGUUCCCCAUCUUAGCUUGGCCACAUAUCAAAGCAUUGUACGUAAACUCGUCAGGGCGCAUACCUCUACUCUUCAUCUCACUCAGCCAUUUUUCCACUUCUGUUAACAGCCCUGCAUCACAGAGACCUCUUAUGAUAGUAUUAUAGGUUGCAACAUUUGGGGAUACUCCUGUUUCCAACAUAACAGAAUAUGUUGAAAGAGCUUUUCCUACAUGACUGCCUACAAAGUACCCGCGUAUAAGGGCAUUGAACGUCACAGUAUCAGGAACAAAGCCUCUCUCUUUCAUAUCCUCCAUAACCAUGGCUGCCUUUUUCGUCAUACCUAGUUUGCACAGAGUUGCAAUAAGAGUGUUGUAAACUUGCCUACUGAGUUUAAUUCCACAACUCAGGAGUUUCUCGUGCGUUGCGAAGAUAGCAUCAGCUCUUUUAUGCUUUGAAGAUGUGUCGAGAAGAAUUCGGUAUGUCGUUAAGUUAGGAUGGAUCUCCAUAAACGUCAUUUGAUCCAAUACGUCAAUUGCUCCAUCCAUCUUAUCAUUUUCACAUAGCAUUCCAACCACAAUGUUGCAACUCAUCAGACUCGGUUUUAUUCCACAACUCUUCAUCUUAUCCCAAAGCUCAAGGAUGCCUUCCAAAUUCCCUUGCUUUCGUUGUGAAUUCAUCAUUAUGUUAAAUGUGGCGAUAUCUGGUUCUAUACCCUUCUCUCUCAUUCCUUUGUAGGCCCAGUCUGCUCCGACUUUGCCAAACUUUAACAGCCCAUUGAUUAAGACAUUAUAAGAAACAACAUCCCAUUGCAUCCCCUUCUCCUGCAUUUCUUCAGCCCAAGCAAGAGCAGCUUCUUCGUCUCCUCCUUUGAAGAACACAUCAAUCAAAGACGUGUAGUUAAUACGAUCCAGUGUCACUCCUUUAGCUACGAUGUCUUUGACUAAUCCCUCAACUUCCUCAAUCUUACCGGUUCGCUUCAAAUGAUUUAUUAGAGCAUCAAGUAUGUAGUUGUUCUCCUCCAACCCAAUAAGCUUCAUCUCCUUACUCAUAUCAAUAGCCACUUCUUGUUCCCCUGCCUUAAACAAGCCAUCAAUCACUGUACCAUAAGUAAAACUAUUCGGCACAACGUUCAGGUCCUCCAUAUUUCUCAUAAGACUUACAGCUUCUUCUAGCAUCCCUUUCUUCACAUAGCCGUUUAUCAUACUAGAGUAUGUGACAACAUUCGGAAGAACACCUUCCUCUAACAUCUGCCUUAUGAUAGAUUCCGCACUGCUUAAAUUUCCCGCUUUGCACAACCCAUCUACCAAAGCCGUAUAGGUAACCGCAUUUGGAACCUGGUUAUCUUCCAAAAGCAUCCUAAAUGUUUUCUGAGCCUCCUUACGUUCCCCGGCCUUAAACAGACCAUCCAUCAAAACAGUAUAUACAACUAAAUCUACAGGAAUCCCACGCACAACCAUUUGACUGUAAAGGGCCAAAGCAUCUCGGUAUCUUUCUUCUUUAAAUAAGGAAUCAACAAGAGUAGUAUAAGUUACAUGGUUCGGAUAUACACCCAUCUCCUCCAUUUCUCUCAGUAGCAAUCCCGCUUCCAACACUUUCCCGUCUUUGCAUAAUCGGUUAAUAAUCGAGCUAAAAGUAACAACAUCCGGAUGAAACCCGCUCAUAACCAUGUCCUCGUAGGAUUCUUCGAUGGCAUGGAGACUAUAGUAAGAGCUUAUGAGUAUAGUGUGAGUGAUGAGGUUUAGUUCGGUAAAUUCGUCCACUAAAGCCUUGGCUCUCGCAAAGUCUCCAACUUUACAAAACCCAUUAAUCAGAGUAUUGUAGCUAACCGUAUCGGGCAAUAUACCUUUCUUCACCAUUUCAGAGAGAAACCCAUAAGCCUCAUCAGCCAAACCAUGUUCGCAUAAACCACAGAUGACGGUGUUAUAAGUAACAGUAUCAACGCUGAUUACACUAUUCCUAAGUAAACGAACUGCGAAUCUCAGUUGACCAACUUUGCACAAAGAAUGAAUCAACACAUUGAGAGCAAAAACAUCGGGAGAAACCCCACAAGCUAUCAUCUUGCUGUAAAUCAACGAUACCUGGUGAGGUACCAAAGAAUCAACAUUGAAACGGUGAAUUAAACUAUUCCAGAGACGCAAAUCCGGAACAACCCCGAAGGUGCACAUCGCAGAGAGCGUCCUUGCUGCUCCGUAGAGCCUCCCGCAGCUUAGAUAGAGCCGAAAGAGAGUGUGGAAGAGAGAGACGUAAACCCGAGCGCUGCUUGGAGCUAAAGCUGUAUUGAAUCCGCGUUCUGUGAUCAAGAGGCUAGUCGUCUCUUCGCUUCCUGGGAUUUGUGGUCGUUUGAUUGACGAGAAGGAGCGGCAAUUGGAGAGAAAGAAUCUGUAUUUUCCAGUAUAGUUAUUCCAAAUCCUUAUCAUCAUCAGGAGAGGAAUUGGAGUUCAUCUAAAUCUCCAAAGUUCUCCAGAGACUCCUGCAAGCUCUCAUGGCGUCCGCUUGUGACGACGCAUUGUUUCCCUUAUACACACACGACCGAGUGAGAAAA